ACGAAGAUUCUUUCUCCGCCUGUAAUUUUCAAAAGCCCCAUCUUUCACUUUCUCUCUCCAUCGCUGGCAUAAUUUCUUAGGGUUCUACAAGGGUUUCUCUCUAAAUUCUUCAUCAAUUCAAUCACUAUGUGAAUUGAAAUUAUCUUCUGAUUCCGAGUAUAUAGAUACCAUUUGCAUAUCUACACAAUUGUAAUUAUAUGGCUACUUAUCAGCCGAUUAGAGGAAGCGGAUCAAGUUUACAGUUCUUGAAUCAUCCGUUUGGGGACACCACUUAUACAAAGGUGUUCGUUGGAGGGCUUGCAUGGGAGACACAUAGCGAGACGCUACAUCGUUAUUUUGAACAAUUUGGGGAAAUUUUGGAGGCUGUUGUUAUAACUGAUAAACAUAGCGGAAGAUCAAAAGGCUAUGGAUUUGUAACAUUUCGUGAUGCUGAAGCUGCAACUAGGGCUUGUAUUGAUCCCAGUCCAAUCAUUGAUGGUAGAAGAGCAAACUGUAAUUUAGCAUCACUUGGUCGCCCUCAACCACCUUUACCUUUUGGGCGUAUGAGACCAAUAACACCCUUCUUGAAUACUCUCCAAGGAGGCCCAUUUAUUGGAGGCCCAAAUUAUCGCCAACCUGUUCCUUACAGUUAUCAACAAUUCCCAUAUUCCUUAUACGGGUAUCCUCCAUCACCUUAUGCUCCUGAAUACCUCUUCCAUCAGGUUCAAUAUAAUCCUUACACAGGCCAAAUGCAGCCUAAUCCUCAAAUGUUUGGCCCAAGCCCAAGCCCAAUAAACUCAAAUGUCUUUCCAUUUGGUCAAAUGGGCCCACUGCCACCUGGAAGCCCAGGGAUUAUGACACCUGGCCCACAUGUUGUAUCAUAUUCUAGACCAAAUGUCAGUGUAACAACCACAGAAACUGUUCCAAUGUCUCCAGCACCUUAUGUUACAGGUAUUGGGCCACCAUUUUUGGGACAGAUGAGGAGUGCCCAAGCCCAUUCUUCUCAGUUCACUCAGAAGUAAAACUGGUUUAAAAUUGGAGAACAGAGGAUCAGUUCCUGAGGUGCAUGUAUCUUAUCAUGUGCCUUCCAUCCUCUACUCUACUCACUAACUGCUGGAUGACAUCACUUGCUACUUGAGUGAUGUCACCAGUCAUUUCUGUCAAAAGGUGAUCAGAAGUCAUGGACAUGAAGAGUUAAAAUGGGGUUGAUUUUUCAAAAAAAAAAAAAAAAAGAAAUCAAUCUCUGAUUCCAGAGAAUCGGAAAAAGAAACUGUGGUUUAAUUGGUGUGUAUAAAUGGUAACGGAAUUGUGAAUACACAAGAUUGUUGGAAUAUGGGAUUCCAGCAGUCAAUGCAUGAGCAUGAGGGAAUCAAUGUAUGAUUCCUACAUGAAUUAUGGGAAACCUGUGAAUAUUAUGUUUUAUGGCUUUCUGGAAAUUAUGCUCCGGAAUACUGCCCUUUAAUUUUAUCAGAAAACUCGCUCCGAGGUCAUCGUGGAUAAAGGGUAAAUGACGAUUAUGCCCUUGAUGGAAUCCAAAGGUAUGGAUUUGAUAAUCUUGGGAAUGGAUAAUUAAAAGACUAUUUAAAA